AUGGGUAGAGACCCGGUCACCAGGCGCUCGCCGACGAGCCCCUCACCCAGGCCUGGUUCCAGGGUGGGGCCCCGGCAACCCACGUCUGGAGUUCAGAAUCUCAGACAGAGAGCAGAAAUUCCAGUACCCCACUGUCUGUUCGUGAAGAGUGACAUGUCCAAAGGACUCCUUCCAGCCCUCAGUGAAGAACUUGGACCCUCAGACACAAAAGGGAGGAAGAGGAGUGGUGUUUGUGAGGAGGAGCAGCUGUCCUGCUGUUCUUUGUGUCAGAAUGUCCUGAAGGAUCCAAUCUCUACCAGCUGUGGACAAUGGUUCUGCAGACGCUGCAUCACCUCAUACUGGGACCAAUCUGCAUCAUCAGAACCCUCCUCAUGUCCCCAGUGUGGACAAAGACCCAGAAGCAGAAGUGGACUGCAGACAGCCAGUCAGAGCAGCUGUGUCCAAGAUGUUGGUCUGCAGGAGGUCUUAGAGAAACAUCGGAUCAGUCUGAGGAGGAAAUGUGAACGUGUGACUGAAGGAUGUGAUGAAACAGGAAGUAGAACCCUCCUCAACAGGAUCUACACUGAGCUCUACAUCACAGAGGGACAGAGUGAAGAGGUUAAUACCCAACAUGAGGUGAGGCAGCUGGAGACAGCUUCUAGGACCAAGAGCCUCCAGGAGACUCCAAUCAGGUGCCAGGACAUCUUUAAAGCCUUACCUGAGCAACAUGGAUCCAUCAGAGUGGUUCUGACCAAUGGCGUCGCUGGCGUUGGAAAAACCUUCUCGGUGCUGAAGUUCACUCUGGACUGGGCUGAGGGCUUGGAGAACCAAGAUGUGAGCGUGGUGGUUGUGCUUUCGUUCAGAGAGCUGAACUUGAUCAGAGAUGAGCAGCACAGUCUUCUCACGUUGCUCCAUGUUUUCCAUCCAACAUUACAGAAGGUCCAAGCAGAGAAGCUGGCUGUCUGGAAACUUCUCUUCAUAUUUGAUGGCCUGGAUGAAAGCAGACUCCACCUGGAUUUUACCAACCGUCAGCUGCUUUCUGACGUCACACAGAAGUCCUCGCUCAACGUGCUGCUGACAAACCUCAUCAAGGGGAACCUGCUGCCCUCGGCUCUGGUCUGGAUCACUUCCAGACCUUCAGCAGCUAAUCAGAUCCCUCCUUCAUGUGUGGACAGGCUAACAGAAGUACGAGGCUUCACGGACAAUCAGAAGGAGGAGUACUUCAGGAGGAGGUUCAGUGAUGAAGAGCUGUCCUACAGAAUCAUCUCCCACAUCAAGACCUCCAGGAGCCUCCACAUCAUGUGUGGAAUUCCAGUCUUUUGCUGGAUCACUGCUACAGUUCUGGACCACAUGUUGACUAGAGAGCAGAGAGGAGAGCUGCCCAAGACCAUGACUGACAUGUACUCACACUUCCUGCUGGUUCAGACAACCAGGAAGAAAAGCAAGUACCAUGAAGGACUAGAGACCAGUCCACAAGAGCUGACAGAGGCUGACAGGGAACUUCUUCUGAAGCUGGGGAGGCUGGCGUUUGAACAUCUGGAGGAAGGAAACAUCAUGUUCUACCAAGAAGACCUGGAGCAGUGUGGUCUGGAUGUCACAGAGGCCUUGGUGUACUCAGGAGUUUGUACAGAGAUCUUCAGAAAAGAGUGUUUGAUCUUCCAGAAACCAGUCUACUGCUUUGUUCAUCUGAGUGUUCAGGAGUUUCUGGCUGCAGUUUACAUGUUCCACUGUUUCACCACCAGGAACAUCGAGGUAAUGGAGAGGUUUCUGGGAGAGAAAAACAGAUACUCAUAUCUAGAGGACUUCCUGAAAAGAGUCAUGAAGAAAUCCCUCCACAGUAAAAAUGGCCACCUGGACCUGUUUGUUCGCUUCUUUCAUGGCGUCUCUGUGGAGUCCAACCAGAGACUCUUAGGAGGCCUGCUGGGUCAGACAGAGACCAGUCCAAAAACCAUCCAGAGGAUCAUCAACAACUUGAAGAAGAUGAACAGUUAUGACUUGUCUCCAGACAGAAGCAUCAACAUCUUCCAGUGUCUGAUGGAGAUGCAGGACCUCUCAGUUUAUCAGGAGAUACAAGAGUUCCUGAAGUCAGCGAACAGAUCAGAGAAACUAUCAGAGAUCCAGUGUUCAGCUCUGGCCUACAUGUUGCAGAUGUCAGAGGAGGUUCUAGAUGAGUUGGACCUGAAGAAGUACAACACAUCAGAUGAGGGAAGACUGAGACUGAUUCCAGCUGUGAGGAACUGCAGAAAGUUUCUGUGAGUCCAGAUAGCUGCUGUUAGACUCUCAGAGACUCACUGUGAAGUUGUGGCCUCAGCUCUGAAGUCCAAUCCCUCCCAUCUGACACAACUAGACCUGAGUGACAACGACCUGUCUGACUCUGGAGUGAAGCAUCUGUGUUCUGGACUGGAGAGUCCAAACUGUAGACUGGAGGUUCUGAGAUUGAGGAGCUGCUGGUUGUCAGAAAUCAGCUGUUCUUCUCUGGGCUCAGCUCUGAAGUUCAACCCCUCCCAUCUGACACAACUGGACCUCAGUCAGAACCUCCAGCUGUCUGACUCUGGAGUGAAGGAGCUCUGUGGUUUCCUGGAGAGUCCAAACUGUAGACUGGAGGUUCUGAGACUGGAGUGCUGCAAUCUAUCAGAGAUCAGCUGUUCUUCUCUGGUCGCAGCUCUGAAGUCCAACCCCUCCCAUCUGACACAACUGGACCUGAGUUACAACAACCUGCAGGCUCCAGAUGUUCAGCAGCUGUUUGAUCUUGUGGAGAGUCCCGACUACAAACUGCAGACUCUGGGGUCAGUAGAUGUCAUUUGA